GUUCUGCUUCCGGGUUGGCCUCAUCCUGCCCUUUCCCACCUCCUCACAGCUGGUCAGGGGCCAGCGGGUACUACGGGAGGCUGGGUGCGGGGAGGACCGGGGGCUGUGGCAGCUGGUGGGCCGCGUACUGCGUACCGGCUCGGGGGGAGCCCAGUGUCCGCAACCGCUAUGAGGCUCUACAGCCUAAGUGUCCUUUACAAAGGCGACCCCAAAGUGCAUUUACUGAAAGCUGCCUAUGACGUCUCCACCUUCAACUUCUUCCAGAGGGCCAGUGUGCAGGAAUUCAUGACCUUCACGAGCCAGCUGAUCGUGGAGCGCUCAGAGCUGAGCAGCAGAGCCUCUGUCAAGGAACAAGAAUACCUUUGCCAUGUGUACGUUCGGAACGAUGGGCUGGCCGGCGUGGUGAUUGCCGAUAAUGAGUAUCCACAACGGGUUUGCUUCACCUUGCUGGACAAGGUGUUGGAUGAAUUCUCCAGGCAGGUCAGCAAAAUGGACUGGCCCUCGGGCUCACCGGCGACCAUUGGCUAUGCUGCCCUGGACGGGUACCUCAGCAAAUACCAGAACCCCCGGGAGGCUGAUGCGAUGACCAGAGUGCAGGCAGAGCUGGACGAGACCAAAAUCAUCCUGCACAACACCAUGGAGUCACUGUUGGAGCGAGGAGAGAAGCUGGACGACUUGGUCUCUAAAUCAGAGGUGCUGGGGGCACAGUCCAAAGCCUUCUACAAAACUGCCCGAAAGCAGAAUUCCUGCUGUGAAAUCAUGUGACGCAGACCCCGGGGUCUCCUGCUCCAGACCACCAGGCCUUCACUCCACUUUAGACCUCGACUGUACCCGGGACAGAGAGCAGAAGCCCAAAGGGGUUCCCAGGCUGUGCUGCAGAGGCUUGGGUGCUCUGGGCUUACAGACUUUUCUUUCAUCCCAAGGGAAUGGCGAGGCUCCUCCCAGGGGUAUGGGCAGUGCCAGAGCGCCCCCUGCCCUUGCUUUGCCCAAGGGUUGGCGUGGAGCUUGGGGUGCCCGGCCAUAUGCCCGACGCCUCAGCAUCCCGGCCCACGAGAAUGGUGGAGCACGGAGCUGGGGCCGGGGGCGGGGGGGGUGUUGUCC